AUGACCGUGAGCUGGCAAGCACGUCGAGUCUUCGUCUUUUCCCAUCCUCGCACCGCUUGUCACGUCUUCUUCCAACUCCUCGCAACGCAUCCAAUAUUCCAAGUCGUAACGCCAUUCUGUUGCGCUGGUGCGAAUGAAGUUAGUACGGAAGCGCAAGCAGUUCGUAGCAGGCAAGAAUGGCAGGAUCUUCUGUCAAUGAGCGACGAGGAUGCUUCAAAAAUCACUUGGCAAGGAAGUAUAGAUGGCUUGCAGAGGGAGGUUGCUGAAGCUGAACUUAAUGGGAAGUUUGCUCUGACGAUGGACCACCCUUCCUUUUUGAUCGCAUCCUCACAACUCCAAGCUCACCUCGGCAUUCGAGGAUGCGAGGCGAAGCCAACUCCCGUAAUAAUAGAUCGGAAGUUGGAUGUUGGUGCUGUAUACCCUCAUCUCGACGCCGGGAUAACCCCAGAGGCUCACCCCAACCCAACAUUACUUCCUGACCGAUUCUUCUUCUCAUUCACACCAAUCAUAACUAUCCGCCAUCCCGCUCGAGUCCUGCCCUCAUUUCUUCGGGCCUUACAACGCCUUGGAGAUGACAUUUCCCAUCCGGAGUUUGCUGUACACGGAGAAAGCUUUCGACUGGAGCGUCUGAUUUUCGACAGCUUCAAGGCUUAUGAGGAAGCACGUGCGGUGGCAGAAGGCCGAAAGGCGAAGGUUCCCAUUGUGAUUGACGGCGAUAAGCUCGUCAGGGAUCCUCAAGAUCAAAUGAAGGAGCUGUGUAUGUUGCUAGGUAUUGAUGAGGGCCAGUUAAAGUAUUCUUGGGAUCCGCCUAGACUCCUGGAGCAUACCAAGAUGGCACGAGCAUACAUGGACGAGUUUAAUCGGUCUACUGGGAUUUUCUUCAAUCCGAGGGCCAAGGAGGUGAAUAUGGCGGAAGAAGUGAGAUGUUGGAGGAAGGAAUGGAAUGAGGAUAUCGCGAGGAUCUUAGAGGAAAAGGUUGCUGCGCAGAUGGAGGAUUACGAGUACUUACUCCAAUUCAGUUUGUGA